AUGGACCCAACAGCCGUGGUUGGCCUCGUAGCUAGCUGCGCCAAGCUCGCCGACAUAAUCCUCAAGACAACGACAACGCUCAACGCGUUGCGCGGCAGGUUCAACACAUCAGAGAUUGCCGUUACGUCUCUGGUGACGCAACUGCAGGCGCUGGAGGCAUCCACUUCAGAGCUCAGGUCUCUGCUGGAGGAUCGCGGCCCGUCGGUCAGCCAGAGUGAGAAGCUGGUCACCUCCCUGGAUGCGUGCUUGAUCUCGGCGACCACCAUCAUCCAGCCUCUGCGGGACCAGGUUUCAGAAGCGUGGUCGUCCAUCGACUCGGGUAAGCGAUGGGGCAGGUGGGGGAGGGCCAAGUAUGUCAUGAAUGAGGCCUCCCUGGUGCCGCUGAAGGAGGCGAUACGCGAUCAGGUCCAGGCCAUGCAGCUGCUACUCACAGUGUCUUUCUUAAGGAACGACGCCGACCGCACCGCGGCUUUAGACGACGAAGACAAUGCUGCCGUGCUGCAGCGAGCGCGCGAUGACAGCUCCUCGCUCAUAUGGCUACGAGAUGCCGACUCGAGGGCGUCCUUUGUCAGCUUCCAAUCCGACACAUUGUCGCGCCUGAGCAUGGUAUUUGGCUUCGAUCACGACGUCAUGGACUCUGCGCCAUACAGAAGGGCCGUCACGACGGCGUGGAAGCGGCUCCGAGAGCGCCAGAAAGAAGAUCCCAACCGUGAAGCUCCCCACGCCGUCACACGCGGCGAGGAUAUCGAGUCGCCCGCCACUGACGAUCCGCUCCCGCCUACCACCUUGAACCACCUCGGCGGGAUGCGAUACUCCCUCGCCAUGAUCGUCGCAUAUGACUUUGAGGCCACGCGCUCCGAUGAGCUGGACUGUCGGACGGGCGAGAUCCUCAUCCCUUGCGCCUUAUCUAAUGACGAAUGGGUCGUGGCAAAGCCCAUCAGCCGGCUCGGAGGCCCCGGGUUGGUACCGAUCAAUUUUCUCUCCGUCGUCGCGCGGUCUGGCAAGAUUUGCGAGACAGGCGAGGAGGCGUUGAGAGAGUUCAGAAAAGUUGGCCUUCCCCGGAUUGAAGAGUGGAAAAAGAGGGCUGCAAAGUACAAAGAGGAGUUUAUUCUACUGUCCGAGACGCCCGAGGCGCCAGCGACCAAGGACGAAUAA